CUGGGCUCCCCUGCUUCCUUCCUGCUCAUUUAAUCCAUUCAAAUUAUGAGAUCGAAUCCACUCAGAGGCUGAGUGAUUUCGCUUGUUAUUCCCCGUAUUUUGGCGAAUAAACCACAAGGAUGUCCCUUCAAAUGUCCCUACUCUCUUCAGAUUCCUUGCAAAAUUACUGUUCCCGAUAAUUUUUGGCAGAGCGAUGAGCAAGAACUUCCAAAAGGGCGCAUACAAAUACAAUCGAAAAGUUUCUCUUUUGAUGCUCCAGAUCGCUUUAUUUCAUGGAAAAGCUCUCAGAUUUCAUCCAAAUUUGACAUUUUGAUCGGUAUACGAAGGCUUCUCGGUUGCCGGCGGUCAACAGAACCACGGCCGUCGACGGCGGCAUGGACGGAAACAUGAUCAUCAUCCUCGCGGCUCUGCUCUGUGCGCUGAUAAUCGCGCUCGGGCUGAACUCCGUGGUGCGGUGCGCGGUACAGUGGGGGCGGCGGUUGGCGUUCGAGAUGCCGGAGGAGUCGGCGACGAGGUCGGCGGCAACGUCCGGGCUCAAGAAGCAGGCGCUUCGCCGGCUGCCUGUGGCGGUUUACGGGCCGGGCGCCGGCGUCCUAGCGACGGAGUGUCCGAUCUGCUUGGCGGAGUUCGCCGAUGGGGAGGAGGUCCGGGUGCUCCCCUGGUGCCACCAUGGCUUCCACGUCGGAUGCAUCGAUGAGUGGCUGUCUUCGCACUCGUCCUGCCCCACUUGCCGGCAGUCCUUGCUCGAGGACGGCAGCGGGCCGCCGGCGGCGAACACGGCGAGCCAAUUAAACACUGCCUAUCGAUCAAAUUUGUUAAUAAGGGCGAAGCUCGUCCAUUUCCGUUGGAGAGCAAUUGCGCAUUUCUGUCUGUGAUGGUAUCUUUGGCAAAGGAAUCAAGAACUCUCCCUGGUUCCAUCAAACUUUCUUUCCUAUAAAACAAUCGCGUAUUCCUUUAUCCAAUUAACUAUUCCUUCUGUUGUUAUGGCAAUAGAUAAAUUCUAGGGAUUAUAUAAGAAGGCUCGCUGUCGUGAAAGAUGUUUUUUUCCCCUUACCAAAUUCAUUCUUUCUUCUUGGAUAAAAUGAACUACUAUUGUGUCCUCUGUUUUUUUCCCU